GGAAGACCCAGGGCACAGUCUGAGUGCCUCUAUGAGAGUCCGUUUGGCCCGUCCUGACACAAAAAUGAGAUAUUGACACGUUUAUUUCCCAAACGCUAAAAGGAGAAAAUCUAUCCAAGAAAGCAAAAGAAAAAAGGGAAGUUCUUCUUAAGAAGAUAAAAGAUGUUAAGGCAAGCUACCCUCAAGAAUUCCAGGAUAAAGCAGCUCCUUCAACCUGUGAGUUGUUCCGCAGAAUUGGAAGAUGAGGAAGAGUCUGAGGGCUCUCUUUCUUUGCCUCCUGAUAGUAUCUCAAUAGCAUCUGACCGGUAUGAUAAAGACGAUGAAGCACCUUCUGAUGGGAAUCAGUUUCCUCCUAUUGCAGCUCAAGAUCUUCAGUUUGUGCUGAAGGCUGGAUACCUGGAAAAACGCAGAAAAGACCACAGUUUUCUCGGCUUUGAAUGGCAGAAGCGUUGGUGUGCUAUCAGUAAGACAGUCUUCUAUUAUUAUGGAAGUGACAAAGACAAACAACAGAAAGGUGAAUUUGCCUUAGAGGGCUACACCAUCAGAAUGAAUAAUAGCCUUCGGAAGGAUGCAAAGAAAGAUUGCUGUUUUGAAAUCUCCGCUCCUGAUAAGCGCAUUUAUCAGUUUACAGCUGCCACUCCCAAAGAAGCAGAGGAAUGGGUACAGCAAGUCAAAUUUCUAAUUCAAGAUAUGGGAUCUAAUACAAUUCCUGAGGAGGAGGAAGAAGAAUAUGACGAUGUUGGACAAGUGAGCAGUGAACCAAUAGAUGAUAGCAUUUACGAAGAAGUUAAAGAAGAACGUGUUCCUUCAAAGGCUGAAGUGCCAAGAAAACUGAGCCAGGAGAAAGUUACCACUGUUUCAGAUGGCAAAAAUACUGAUUACGCCAAUUUCUAUCAAGGUUUGUGGGACUGCACAGGAGAUGUACCUGAUGAGUUGACAUUUAAACGCGGUGACGUUAUCUACAUUCUCAGCAAGCUCUACUCAAGAAAUCAAUUUCCAGAAACAAAGACAACUGAGUACAAUAGAUUUGGCUGGUGGGUAGGAGAAAUGAAGGGAACCAUUGGCUUGGUGCCUAAAGCCUACAUAAUGGAGAUGUAUGAUAUUUGAGAGGCCUGGGAGAAAUUUGCACUUGAAAUCGAGAGUGGUGUGCAGCUGCAGUUUACAGACCCGGCCUCUGAAAGAAGAAGAUUCUGCCGUACACGUUUUGUGGUUUCAGUGAAUGUAGUCAGAUCGUUGCCUUGCGUAUAUUAAACAUUAAAAACUGUAAUUGGUCAUAGUUCUGCGGAAAUGUUCUUCUUAGCCACUUUUUAUAGAAUUGUAAUGCUAGGAAAUGAAAUAGAUGGUAAUUAACAUAUGGGGCACAAGCAGCCAAAUAGUGCCUGUUGCUCUUUUCUUAAGCAGCACUCUGUAUGGCUAUAGGUUGCGUUCUUUCAGGGAAUUUGGCUAUGUUUUUAUUCUACAUCUGAGGAAGAGGAUUAAGCUGAAUUUUGAAAGUAGAAAACGAUUACUCAGUUCAUGCAUGCAUUAACCUUUUAAUGCUCACUGUACGUCUUGUGCAGUUUCCUAGGAAAAUCAAGGGAAAUUUAUGUGUAAUAUUGCAAGUCUUCAGGGUAUUCUGCUUCCAAAUGAUUUUGUAUUAUGUUUUAGCCAAUGAUUUAUUUUUCCCAUAUAUUUAGUAUUGUUACUGUUAAUUAAUAUUUUGUUACUACAAAAUGAAGGCUUGGCUCUUUUGCUGAUGUAAGAAAUCAGCCUGUGUGGUAAUACUGCCCUGAUACCAUUCUGACUUGGAGAUGGGAAUUAUGUGAACAUUUGUAAAAAGAUAAUAUAUUAAACCCCAUAAUUUUUGCUAAGUCAACACGAGCUAAAUGGCAGGUAAGAACUAUUUUUGUCCGUGGUAGUGUGAAAUAUUUUAUCUGUGCCUUACGGAUACUUUCAGAGUCAAAUCUGGAUACCUUGUUGGUAUGUGGAAUUUCUGAUGCAAGUUGUGCAACAGACAUCUUCGGCUCCGUGUGGGUUAAUAAAGGCUACCUGCAGCCAUAGUGUCAAAUCCAGAACUUUGUGGCUAAAAGCAUCAGCUGAAACAUAAA